AUUCCUGAAGUGCUCCCAAAGUUCCUGAAACGUUCUUGAAACGCUCGUAAAGUAACUGAAACGCUCCUGAACUCUGAAUGAUCUCACCAUGCGACUCAGGAGUUGUUUUUCGAGCGUGUGAGUGCGUCGUUGCAGAAUGUCGACCAGCACAGAGCUGCCGUUACACUGCCCGACCUGUGGAGAGGCGUGUGGGUUUGGGGAACACCUUUCCAGCGUCCGCUCCUGCCAAAAACUCUGUCUGACCACUCGCCGGAGCUCUGAGGGCGGACUGAUGUCCCUUUACACCCAGCGAGAGAAUGAAAUCGACCGCCCCCUGCGGCUGGAGCUCCUGGAUGCCCUGAGCUUGGCUCGUCCACUCCGAAAGAUCCUCAUCCAGAGAGACUCGCCAUCAUCUCGGUCUCCAGUGCUGGCGGUCGCCGUGAGCUCCAGAGCUGCAGAAGCAGAGGCAGACACCGGACACACCGUGGCCCAGCUGGGAGUGCCGUGGCUGGGCAGGCUGGCACUGGAGGCCCGGCUUCAGCAGCUGGCACUGGAGGUGCAGGAGCGCGUGUCGCUCAAACUGGAAGCACUGCAGGACGAGGUGAAGCGGAGGAGCACGGAGGUGAGGCGGGCCAGGAGAGAGAGUGAGCGCAUGCACAGAGAGAAGCAGCAGGCGGAGGAGCGGGCGGCUGAACUGGAGCGGCAGGUGGACAUUUCCGUGGAGAUGCUGGCCAGCCUCAGAUAUGAACUGAGAGAGAGAGACGAACAACUGCAGCGCAAACAACAGGAAGUGUGUGAGCUGGACAGGUUUGUGCGAGACACGGCGCUCCAGGAAGCCAGUGCAAAGAUCCGUCUGCAACGCUUCAUCGAGGACCUGCUGGAGAGAGCCGAGAGAGCCGAGACGCAGCUGCAGAACCUCCACGAUGACGUCACUUCCCCUCACAGAUACCUGGCAGGAAGCAGAGCAUCCGGCUACCAGAGGAGUUACAGCGUGUCUGGGAUGAGCAGGAGAUCUUCGCAUGUGUCUGAUUACAGAGCCACUCAGUACUACAGGUUCGAGCGGAGGCCCCGCACGGUGUCGGUGGGUUCGGGCGGCUGUGAGGGUCACUGGGACGGACGGCAGUAUCAGCAUGUGCUGUGUGGAGCCGUUGAGGGGCCCGACAGCGGCUCCGAAUCACCCUGGAUGAUCCAACACACACACACUGACGCCGAUUCAGACAACUGGUCACUUUACACUGCAGACUCACAGGACGACAGACAAAAAACAGGAUGGAGUACAUGAAGUAGCACAGGUCUGGAUCUGCACUGGCGUGGGAACAGAUCCAGUGAAUCGGCCGUGUGUUCGGAGCGUCUGAGGCUCAAAGCGGCGCUCUUCUGUGUGUUCACUUAUCUGGACACGCGCUCGCUGCUCACCGCCGCUGAGGUGUGUAAGGACUGGUGCAGUGUCGCACGUCAUCCUGCUGUUUGGAUCAGAGUAACACUGGAAAACACACGAGUGUCAUCAAAGUUCCUGAUGACUCUGUCUCAGUGGUGCUCUCAGACUCAGUCUCUCGUUCUUCACAACCUCAAACCUCGAUCCCGUGGCAAGAAGGAGAGCAAAGACGAGUACUUGCGCAGCACCAGGGGUGGGCUGGAGGCGGGGCUGGAGGCGGUGCUAAAGGCAGCGGGGCGGAGUCUCGUCUCUCUGAGCGUCUCUCAUUGUCCCAACAUUUUGACGGACAGAUCUCUGUGGCUGGUCAGCUGUCACUGUCGCGCGCUGCAGUCGCUCACAUUCAGGAGCGCGUCGGAUCCGGCGGGACAGGAGGUGAUCUGGGCUCUGGGAGCGGGAUGCAGGAACAUCACGACGCUGCGCAUCGCUCCUCUACAGCCGUGCCUGCAGCCCGGUCGCUUCAGUAACCGCUGCUUGCAGACGAUUGGCCGAUGUUGGCCGAACCUGUGCCGUGCGGGGGUGGGCGGGGCCAGCUGCGGCGCGCAGGGAUUGGCCUCUCUGGCGAGGAACUGUGUGAAUCUGUGUGAGCUGGAGCUGCAUCACAUGAAUGAAGUGAACCAGGAGGCAGCGGCGGAGAUCUGCAGAGACGGUCUCCAGCUGCUGCACACGCUCAGCUUCAUCUCCACACCCGUCACCGCCAGAGCCCUCCUGCACUUCAGCAGUGCGUGUGUGAGUCUGAAGUGUGUGCUGGUUCAGUUGAGUAUCUCUGACUACUUUGAAGAUGCCGACAAUGAAGAAGCCAAGAGAUUAUUUGAGGAGAUCAUCAACAACCUACAGGCGUUGAGAAAGUGUCCGGCUCUGAGUGACGUUCUACAGAUCAGAGUAAAGAAACCCUGAGAAUCACGUCUGAUCAGCUUCUGAUUCACUCUCUCACACACACACACACACACACUCUCUCUCUC